GCAACCCCAUCGAGAAAGCACCCAAUUUGAACGACGUAUCUCUCUCUCUCUCUCUCUCUCCCCCAAAAAACUUGAUACGAAAACUAUACAGAACUUUUGGCGCUGAAAAUGCCUGAAAUCAACAAGAAGAGGAAAGUAAAGGCGUCAUGGGAGUUGAUAGGGCGUUGUGUUGUGUCAUUAAUCUCUGUCUUCCUCACUCAGUUUGCCUUGUACAUGGUCCCUCACUUGUUUCCCCUCUCCUCCCUCCUUACCCUUCUCUCUCUCUCAGUUCUAGUGCUGAUGGCAGUGGUUGGUUUCGGUAGAUGCUGCAAGAAACUUGUUGGAGUGCGUGCAUCGGCUCCGGCUUUCGUUUUCUUCAAUAUAUUGUCCAUUUGGUGCGUUCAUAUUGCUGUGGUUCGGCAAGCCAUCUCACCUUUGUUGGACAUUGUAUUCAACAUGGAACUUCUUAUGCUUGUAACUGGUCUAUGUUGGUCAGCUUCUCGCACUUUCAAGACUUAAAUAAGUUGUUCUUUUGCACACAAAAGAGUAUCUUGUCAAGUGACCCUGGUUUCAUUAUGCACCAAUCUUCCAGUCUUGAAAAACAUGAAGUAGAAGCCCAUUCAGAGGAAUUGGAGCUUUUGAGUUGUGGCAUGCCACAAGAUUUUCCUGUUGAAGGAAGUUCUGUGUUGGUUCAGAGGGCAAGAUAUUGCAGGCAAUGCAAGGCGUAUGUAAAGGGAUUUGAUCACCAUUGUCCUGCUUUUGGGAACUGUAUAGGUCAAGGAAACCAUGCCCUCUUCAUAUUUCUCCUAGUUGGAUUUAUUAUAUCUGAGUGUUCUUACAUCACAUGCUCAUCUCAGUUUUCCACAAAAUCUCAUAUACUGGGGAAAGCUGAGUGGGAGACUAGUUUAUCUGGAAAUUUGGCUAUUAGCACAAUGCUAUUCUCUUGUCUUCAAGUGGUUUGGCAGGUGGCUUUCUUGGUAUGGCAUGUGUAUUGUAUAUGUUUCAAUAUCAAAACUGAUGAGUGGAUAAACUGGAGGAGAUAUCCUGAGUUCCAACUAAUUGUCCCACCCCAGCCAGGGCAGCCCGUACCUGAGAUAAGGUUUACAAAUCCUUAUAACAAGGGAAUUUUAUGGAAUUUAAAGGAGUUCCUGACAGCAAAACGAUAACACUCGUGCAUAUUCGCUGUCCUAGCUACAAAUGGUGCUUUGCUUUCUAACAAAUAGGUAUUCUUUUGACUUGGGCAUACGGUAAAUACUUCACUGUAUAAUACCUGAGGUUGCAUGAACAAGUUCGCAGGGCAUUUUAUCAUUCCAACAUGGUCGCCUGUUGAAAGUUGGCAGAUGUACUGGCUUAUGAGUGAAACUUUGUUCCGAUUAAACACAACAAAAUCAUCUCGUACCUCUGAAGAUCCUGCUGAUGGUGUUUUAAUUUCUCUCCCGUGUGAAAUGUAGAAAAUGACUUUAGGAUGUGGUAUAGGAAAUGUGGUUUUAGCAUUCAAACUUUGGUCCUUUUGGCGUAAUUUGACUAGCUAACCUUGGACAGAAAUUUGGCAUCAUUUUCAUUUGUAUCCAGUGGCUUGAGCUCGUUGGUGGACCGCACAAUUCUUAGGCUAACAGGAAUUAUAGAUGGUUUCGUUCAGCAUGGGGAAUUUUCAAUUUUUUUUGCUUUUUCCCUUCCCUAGGCUCUUAUUCA